AAGGCAAACUGCCUUCAACAGCUACCACAUUUCUCACAGUCCUUUACCAGGAGUCAGCUAUGGAUUAUCAGAAGCAGGUUGAAGAAAUUGCAUCCACUGCCAAAUUUGGAGACUUGAUAGAAUUUUCCUAUCCCAUCGGAUAUUCACACUGGGGAGUGUAUGAUGAAGACGGAUGUGUAAUCCAUUUUGCUGUUGCAGAUGAGGGAGAACUGAUGAGCAGGAUACGUACUUCCAUACAAACAUUCAUACCUAUAUGUGGUGAUCUUCUUCUUCGGAUGACCAGGAUCCGCAGAGUGCCUCUUGGUGAGGUCAAUGUACCAAACGGAGCCCAAGUCUUGAUCAGUAACAACCGCCAUGCCUUCACACCAUCAGCACCUGAGGAUAUGAGGCUACGGCGUGAUAUGCUCCUUGAUCAGGAAUUCCAAUAUAACCUUUUCACUCUCAACUGUGAGCACUUUGCCACGUUUGUACGCUAUGGAAAAGCUGUGUGCAACCAGAUUCCUGCAAGACCCAAGAAUGUAGAGAAUGUGGAGGCAACUGCAGUUUUCCAAGAUGCUGUCAAUUCCAAAGAGCCUUCUGAAGACCAUUGUAAAUGAGCCCUCUGACUCUCUAAAUAUGACCUCUUUGGGAAUCAAGCCACUUUAAACAUUUGAAAUUUGUCUUUCGCCCACGGUAUGGUUGAGAUUUUUUUUUAGGCUGCAGCUUACAAUUGUUGUCAUUAUUAAUAAGUCUGCCAAAUAUUGCUUGGAUUAACUGAUACUUGUUUUGUCUAUUGUGAUGGAAAAUUCUGGUAUUUGGUAUUGCUAUGAUGUAUGAUAUGUGUUGCUCAUUUAACCCCUAUUGUGACAGCAGUGAGAGACACCAAGGUUACGAGCCAGGGAAGCUCAGACACUAAGUGUCCUUGUUAGUCUCAAGAGAUGUUGUGUCGUAGGAAUGUCAAAUCAACCUAUCUACUGCAGAUGCCACAUAUUUUGACUGUUGAUGUGCAUGUGUUAUGGGAACUAUAAAGAUAGCAGGGCUAGAGGACUUGCUAGGCACUCACUCACUGACUGACUGUUCAUGCGGUUGUAUGUGUGUGGGUCUCCAUUCAUGAAUGCUUAUUAAAACUCAAGAAAGACAGCCGACAUGUGAAGACUUUUUCUUUAAACUGUUUAUUAAAUAAUUGUUUUGCCACCACACUAUACUAUUACUGACUACAGUCUCCGACAGCCCAUGAGGUAUUUAGAUUUAAUUCAACCAACAGGCAAAAUCCCAAAGAUAUUUGGUUUGUCAUCAUAUAACAAAAAAGCAGCAAAUGGUCACUCAGACAAGCUGUAACUAGAUUAUUUCUACCACAAAAUUGAUGUGGUAGAAAAGACUGAAUCAUAAAUCGUGUGCACCAGUUGUUUAAACCUUUUGCACAAUUUGAUAAACAAAGCCCUCAGAUUGGAAAACUGUGCAUGUUUGACCACCUAGAUGGCCCUUCUUGCUCUGGAUGAUCACCACACUGUGUUUUAAUACAGCAGAAUUCGGGAUAAAGUUGUUCUCAUUCAUCUAUUUUUGUUUUUCUGUUGCAAGAUAACGAAACAAGAAACAGCUCAGAAAUACUAAGCUGUGUUGACCGACAGUAAUUACCAAGCUGCUGUGCAGCAGGUAAGGUCUUUAUUUCAUGAUCAAAACAACGGACAAAAUAAACAAAAAUAUUGCAACUAACUGCUAUACUGUCAGAUUGGCUGCACUGACAUUUAAAAUUCAGCUAAAGUCACAAAGCAUCUGUUACCAUUUCAGUGAGUUGAGUGAUCGGCAGUGAAGCUGAUAUGCAUUUCAUUUAAAUGUGAGAACAGAUGAUUUGUGGCUGUAAUUGUAUGGGACAGUCUAACUCGCUUCUUACUUUUUUGUGAUCACUCAUUUUAUGAAUGCUUGUAAUCUCACAGCUGCUAUCAUUAACCAGUAUUAAUGUUGUCUUUCAAGGUCGUGACCACAACAUAUAAACCAUAUGUUGUGGUCACCUGCAGCUCAGCAGCUUGGUAAUUAAUGCAUGAAUGAAUAAAUGAAUGACUUUGGACACAUUUGGUCAUUAAAUGAUAACAUACAUCAAUCUGAAAAAUGAAUAAUUAAAAAACUUUGUAUAUGGGCGUCAAAAUUUUGUAAUCAAAGAAGCAAGAAAAUCAAAAAUCUUUUUCAUUUUGUUUUCUUUUGUUAUUUUGCACUGUGUUGUGCCAUUAUGUCCACUCACAACCAUCAGCUAACCAGUAGGAUGCACCUUGCAGGAUUCUGUAUAAGUGCAUAACCCUUGCAGGUCUGUGCAUCUGGGCACUUUUUAUAGGCUUUAGAAAUGCCAAAUCACUGCAUAUUUUCUUGUUUCAUCUUGAAAUGGGUAAAUAAACAAUAUA